UCCCAAUGGAUGGUAACUGUAACUAGGCGGUUAAAACUAGUGUGUUAUGAUUCUCAUCCAAUGUUUUAAUGAGUGACUUUUUACGAAUUUUAUUUAUAUAACGUUUAUACCCCAGUGAUAAUUUUCGAUUUGAAAAGCCAGUGAAUAUCAUCUGCUGUAAUGAUGUUGUCCUUACAAUAAUGAAAAAUUCAUAUAUCGAAAUGGGUAGGACCUAACUGCAGAAUGAUAAAAUAUUGCAAGCCGAACGAAUUGUUGAUCGAUGAAAAGUUUUUGAAUUACAGAAGGUGAAUCACGAGUAGAGACACAGUCCCUCGAUGUUAGAUGAAAUAUAUUUUCAGUGAGUUUUGCAGUAUGGCUUUGAGACAACGUACCUUGGACGAAAUCGUCAACCAAGAAAAUGUCACUUCUAGGUUUGCUGCUAAAUCCGCUCUAGUGGAACAAGCUAAAAUAGUCCCAAAGAGGGCUGCUUUGGGCGAGUUGGGCAACAAACUCCCGGCUUUCCAGAAAACCGCCGUCCCCCUUAAGAAAAAUGGCACCCUUGCACCAACACAAGCGUCUCGUCCUGCGAAUGGCCAUACUCUGGCCCAAGCCAAACCCAAGCAGACUAUGCCGCCUCCCCAAGCAGCGGCUAAAAAAACCACGACCGCUCCACUCCCGUUUAAAGAAACUAAAAAGAUACCCGAUAAGAUCGUGAAUGUUGCUGCCAAGCCAGGGGUCAAACGGCAGGAGAGCAUUUUGAAGAACAUCAUGGACGAAGGUAAAACUUCCAGCAGAGAAACUCUGAAAUCUUACUCGGCCAAGCAGCUUGCCAUCAUUGAUCCCGAUGAGGGUUCUAAGAAUGAACCAGCCAUGGUCACGGAGUACCUCGAGGAUAUCUUCAACUAUCUCAGAAGCAUGGAGACCAAGUUUCCUAUUCGCGAAGAUUUUCUCGAAGGGCACGAAACUACGGUUAGGAUGCGAGCCAUUCUCGUUAACUGGCUCGUCGAGGUCCACAUGAAUUUCAAACUGUAUCUGGAAACGCUACAUCUUUGUGUCGCAAUCGUGGAUAGGUAUCUGCAGAAGAACAAGCACGUAGGACGCAACUCUCUUCAGCUGGUCGGGACGUCAGCUAUGUUGGUUGCUAGCAAGUACGAAGAAAUGUAUAUUCCUGACUUGAAGGAUUUUGUGUACAUCUGCGAUAACACUUUUUCUGAAAGACAGAUCCUGACCAUGGAGCGGGAUAUACUGAAGAAACUAGAUUUUAGCUUAGGACGCCCCCUGUCUGUGCACUUUCUACGACGAUACAAUAAAAUAGCUCAAGCGCGCAGUGAUCACCACACGCUGGGUAAAUUCAUGCUUGAGCUGUCCUUGUUAGAGUACGAAAUGAGUUCCGUGAAUCCUUCGCUGCAAGCAGCAGCGGCUUGCUGCUUGUCAAUGGGAAUUCUCAAUGACGUGAUGGAACUGCCCAAGUUGUGGACCCCCACCUUGGUCCACUACACGAACUAUGAAUAUUCCGAGUUUAAAGAUGUGAUAGUGAGUCUGGCCAACAUUUUAGUCAAGAGCGAGUCUUCCAAAUAUCAGACCAUCAGGAAGAAAUAUGCCAGCUCUAGCUACAGCAAGAUCAGUUUGAAUCCAAAACUGCAAGGGGUGUUAGUUAAGAAACUGGCUACCGUAAAGAUACCGAUCAAAAAGUGACUGAACCACUGGAUAUUACCAUUGUGCCGUUGGAACUUUAAUUUCCCAAUUGUAUAUUUUUUAACUAUACUUUGUUUUACAUUUUUUAUUUUCGAAUAGGAAUUGAUUUGUACAUUUAUAAUUAAUAAAUUUAGCAAGGAAUAUUUCCCUGUAUCCUACUGUAUUGAUUUCGAAUGCAAAUGCCAAAAGUAUUGAGUGAUGAAACAUUCAAUGAACUGACAGUGAGUGAAAUUUUUCUGUGAUGAAUUACAACAGCUUGGCCCUGAGAUAACAGUGACAAUAAGUUACGUAAUUUGAAAUUUUGCGAGCGUUAUACAGGGUGUAUCAUAAGUGAUGAUUUCAUGGUGUUAACCUGCUUUGUUUUUCAAAGAGCAAGAUUUCAAAGACUGAAACCCGUUUCUUAUUUAUUACUUACGAUUCUUUUCCCAGAUUCCGAAGAGUAAUGAAGGUGUAAAUACAUUUGAAAUUAUUUCAGUGGAGUUAUAAAGGGUUGCCUGGUAGAUGUAUACGGUGUCAUUGUGAACCACUAGUUUAUUGUAAGUUUGACAUCAUCAGGUGACAAAAUUGAAAAGUCAACAGUCUUGUUUCUUCCGUUUUAUAUCCUGCAAAUUUCCACUAAAAUAAGUGAUUGAUUAUUUUAGAUUCUGACAAUUUCAUUAAUAAAUUUUUUGAUAAACAAAACAAUAUGCUCUUUAUAUAAAAUUAAAAAUGAGUUUGAUAAUGAUAAUGCAAUAAAACAAUUCAACCAGACAGUUUGUAUCUUUGAAGGUUCAAACUGAUGAUAACAUAAAGAUAACUAACAAUAAACUUGUGAUUUACAAUGCAAUUUACUACAUGUAUCAACCAGGUAAUCCUCUGCGAUGCCACUGGAGUUAUUUAUAAUCUAUUAGUAGCCAUUCAUAGGGUAUAUCUUUAAAUAAACCUUUUUUAUAGAGUAUAUCGUUGAAGUCGCCACUAAUGAUACAUCCUGUGUAAUUAUUUUGUUUUCAACAGAAAAAGGUCGAUUGUAUUUUUCUAUUUUAACAUUUACCUCAGUGGGUUUUAGAAAAAUUCACUUCAUCUUAUAAUAACAAUUUAGUCUUAGUGUUUUAAAUCAAUUUGUGAAAACGUACGUCAAGAUGUGAAGGUUGCUAUAAUGUUCUGAAUUGCUGAUCAUCAUGUCACAAAUUCUAUAUCACACUUCAGCGCCUUUGUAUGACGGUAAUUCAGCGUGUACAUAUUUUUCAUUUUCAUUUUUCCAUGAAGUAAUUGCCAUUGAAUUUAGAUAAACAACCACUCUAGACGGGAAGUUAUUGUCGAAUGUAUUGUAAAAUGUGUUUUUGUAAUACCUUAAAAUUCGUUUUUCAAUAGGUUUUAUAUAUGAUUUUAAUAUAUUUUGUAAAUACUUAUUUAAGAAAUAGAAAUUGUAGAUCAUUUUAUUCAUGCAACAAAUGUUAAGAGAAUAUGAGUAUUUAGUGUUUACUUAAGGAACUCUUGUUCCUUUGCUUUGUAUUCCAAGUUUUGAUUUUUGUCCUUUUAGUUUUGGAAAAUUUUUACCGAAGUUCCUUUUGCCAAAUAUAAAGCUUCCGAAUACUUAUAUUUUAUUCAUUCAACUUGGAAAUAUCCACAAAAUGUUUUCAAUUUUUUAUCACCCUAUUUUGUCUUUAUGUAUCUUUGAUAUUCAAAAAUACUGGGGUUACAGGUUCAGUUCGAGUGCAAAUUUGUAUUCAAAAAAUCUGUGGUUGAAUGAACCUUUUUUUAUAUACCUGGAAAGUAAAUUGAAAUUAUCUUUAAUUUUUUUAUACCUACAUUUUUCUGCAUCUGUAAUUCUGCAAUAUUUUUGAAAGUUUCGGUGUCACAAAUGUUAACUAAAUGUAAUUUCAAAAACUUGAUUGUAAAUUUUUUUUGACUCCAUUCACAUGUAUAAUUGUAAACCUCAUGUACUCAGUUAUUUCAUAAAAUGUCGCAUACCUUA